UUACGUACUAGAUUCCCCCAGCCCGUGAAGGCAAUUGAAUUUAUUUAGGAUUAUCUAAUCUUGGAACUGUCCAGCCUGCUACUCCCAUCCCAUCUGGCUUCUGGAUGCCAAGCAAGAAAAGCCAGCUGCAAGUUGGCUUCACGUUGCAUUCUGCUUUAAUUUAGUUUGCACACACACGGACGUGAAAAAUAUUUUAGGUGUCCUCUGCGGACCCAAAGGAGACCCUAGAGAAGGAAAAAACAUUCCCUGCAUAACUGGCUUACGGUGGAGAAGUUUAAAUACCCUUACUGCCCAGAUGCAGCAUGUCUUCUGGAAGCCAGCAGCAGCGGUGUUGCAACCUCACUAAGCCAACAUUCACCGAAAAGCAAGCCGCUGAAUUGGUCAAAAGGGUAUUUGGAUUGGAAGUCUCCCAGCUCACACCGCUGCCCAGCUAUGACGAUCAAAACUUCCACGUGCGCACCGCUUCGUUCACAGAGAAAGGAGAAAGCCCCCGGGAAUUUGUCCUCAAAAUUAUAAACUGUGAAGAUAGCCAGAAUUCUGAGCUCAUCGAGGUGCAGACCCAGAUCAUGAUGUUUCUGAACAGCGAGGGCUUUCCUGUGGCCAUGCCCCAACUCACCCGAGAGGGCAAAGUGAUGUUUCUGGAAAAAGUAGAUACUGGAUCCUCCACCCAGGAGUAUGCGGUGAGGUUGCUGAGCUACUUGCCAGGCAGAACUGUGGCCACCCUCCCUGUGAGUCCUCCAAUUCUCUACGAGAUUGGGCAAGUGGCAGCCAAGCUGGACAAAACACUUGCAGAGAAAUUCCAACAUCCAUUGAUAAAAAGCUUACACAGGGGUGAAUUUAUCUGGAAUCUGACAAAUGUUCCUCUUCUGAAAAAAUACAUUUAUGCUCUUGGCAAGAGUGAGUAUCUGGAAGCAGUGAAACAGGUGAUUGAGGAGUUUCAAGUUAAAAUCAUUCCAAAGCUGAGCUCCUUUCGCCCCUGCAUCAAUCACGGAGACUUCAAUGACCACAAUAUUUUAGUUGACGUUGUUUCGGCUUCCCCUCCCAAUCCCUGCUACAGAAUCUCCGGGAUUUUGGACUUCAGCGAUAUGAGUUACGGCUACUACGUGUUUGAAGUUGCGAUUGCCCUCAUGUACAUGAUGAUUGAAAGUGAAGAGCCCCUACAGGUGGGUGGCCACAUCCUGGCUGGAUUUGAAAGCGUUGUUCCCUUGACGGCCGAAGAGCGGGCCGCCCUGUUUCUCCUGGUGUGCGGGAGGUACGUUCAGUCGCUCGUGGUUGCCACCCACACGACACUUCUGCACCCCGAGAAUGAAGAGUAUUUAAUGAUCACAGCCAAAACAGGAUGGAAGCAGUUGAUGAUGCUCGUUGAGAUGGGCCAAGAGAUGGUCGAGAAGAUCUGGUUUCAGACUGCAGAAUCCUAUCGGAAAUGAUCCACCACCAUCUCUGAGAAGACUGUUAUGGAUACUGUCAAGUUGGAACCAGGGGCUCAGCAAAAAUUUAAAAGACUAGGAAAGGCUUAUGUUGCUACUGAAUAGAUUUUUUCAGGCCCAAUACAUACUGGUUACAACAGUGUUUCCCAGCCUUGGCCACUUUAAGAUGUGUGGACUUCAACUCCCAGAAUUCCCUAGCCAGCCUGCUGGCUGAGGAAUUCUGGGAGUUGAAGUCCACACAUCUUAAAGUGGCCAAGACUGGGAAACACUGGGUUACACAGUCCCCAUGUAUAAAACACAGUGUUUUCCUACAAACUCAUAACUUACUGCAUGAAAAGAGUUCCUCCAAUUUUGGGGUUACAUUUUUCCACAUUGUUCAGAAGGAGGUCAUGUUCACAUUGCAGCUUUUUUUCUUCCAGGCCCCCCAGUAUUUGCUCCCUUCUGUGAUUUCCCAUAUCACAUUCAGCUUUGACUGUUAACAUUCAAAAUUUGCGGAUACUUCUGCAGCAUUAGGGUUGCUCCUGGCAUAAAUAUAAUCCUUCUCAGUGUUUUGAUGUGCUUUGAUUUUUGCUAUUGCGAUAUCCCACUAUACAAAC